CGCAAACAAAAUAACUGCUUCUCUCCUUUCUCUAUACUCUCUACUCUGCAUGCUCUGCUUCUCUCAAACUCAAACCAGUACCAGACCAUAGCUUAGCAUGCCUCCUCUCGCAUUCCCCUUCUUCCUCCUUCUUAUCUCACUCUCUGCUUCAUCAUCAGAAGCGGGAUCGAUCGGAAUUAACUAUGGGAGAGUGGCGAACGACCUACCUACACCGGCGAAGGUGGUGGAGCUUCUGAAGACCCAAGGUCUGAACCGCGUGAAGCUCUACGACACGGAGGCCACCGUCUUAAGCGCGUUUGCGAACUCAGGAAUAAAGGUGGUGGUAGCGAUGCCAAACGAGCUUCUCUCAAACGCAGCCGCGGACAAAUCAUUCACGGACGCGUGGGUCCAAGCGAACAUCUCCAAGUACUACCCCGCCACGCAAAUCGAGGCCAUCGCCGUGGGCAACGAAGUGUUCGUGGACCCCAACAACACCACCAAGUUCCUCGUCCCAGCCAUGAAGAACGUCCACAACGUCCACGCCUCUCUCGCAAAGCAAAACCUCCACACCGCCAUUAAAGUCUCCUCACCGCUCGCACUCUCGGCGCUUCAAAGCUCCUUCCCCGCCUCCUCCGGUUCCUUCAAAGCCGAACUCGUCGAACCGGUUAUCAAGCCGUUGCUGGAGUUCCUCCGCCAAACCGGUUCCUACCUCAUGCUCAACGCCUAUCCCUUUUUCGCAUACGCCGCCAACGCUGAUAAGAUCUCCCUCGACUACGCGCUCUUCAAGGAAAACGCUGGUGUUGUUGAUUCUGGUAACGGUUUGAAGUAUAGUAACCUCCUCGACGCACAAAUCGACGCCGUUUUCGCUGCCAUGUCAGCGCUCCAAUACGACGACGUUGGGGUCGCGGUUUCCGAGACGGGUUGGCCCUCCGUGGGGGACUCUAACGAGGUUGGAGCCAGCCCUGAGAAUGCGGCGUCGUAUAACGGAAACUUGGUUAAGCGCGUUUUAAGUGGGAGUGGGACCCCCUUGAAGCCCAAUGCCUCACUCGAUGUUUUUCUCUUCGCGCUUUUCAACGAGAAUCAGAAAACGGGGCCCACAUCGGAGAGAAACUACGGGCUGUUUUACCCCAGCGAGAAAAAGGUCUACGACAUUCCGCUGACGGCGGAGGAGGUUAACGCCUCCUCGUCCACGCCGUCCGCCGUCCAGAAGAGUCAGGUUCCGGUGAGUGGAGGCGAGGCCUCGACGACGUCGUCUAGCGGGCAGACGUGGUGCGUGGCGAGUGGCGGUUAUUCCGAGGAGAAGCUGAAGGACGCUCUUGACUACGCUUGCGGAGAGGGUGGCGCCGAUUGCACUCCCAUUCAACCCGGUGCCACGUGUUACAAUCCCAACACGCUGGAGGCGCAUGCUUCCUACGCUUUCAACAGUUACUAUCAGAAGAAGGCACGUGCAUCCGGCACGUGCAACUUCGGUGGUGCUGCUUAUGUCGUCACUCAGCCUCCCAAGUAUGGGAAUUGUGAAUUCCCCACAGGAUACUGAGUGGAUCGACGGAGAUGGAGGAAUUGCGAGCUUUUUCUUGUUUUUCAUUCUUAGGACGCGUUUAGGAUUUGAGAAAUAUGUGAUACUGUUUGUAAUAAAAUUAGUUGGGGGUUAUUGAUUUCUUUGAACUCAUUUAUUUGUAAUUAUCGCUAUUUAUUUUUUUAAUGAAAAUAAUAUAUAGAAUACUACAUUUCUUGAGAA